CAGCCCGCCACAAUUACGUGUUGCUUCAAGUCCCGGAGGACGGAGUCUUUUCUCGACAAACAUCCGGACAGAAGCAGCACAGCCGCACACGGACGAGGAACCUGAAAAACGGAAGAGGAUCCAGGACACAUGAAGUUUAGUCCGACUUUCCAAGAGAAUUUCAUGUGGAUGAUAGUCGUCCCCUGCGAAUGGCCAUCUCUCGAAGGAGAAAGGUGUAAGAAAAAAAGAGACAAAUUAUCCGGCAUCUCGCGUGUUGUCUGUGUUCGGAUAUAAAGAUAAAGAUAAGAAGAUAAAAAAAGAAAUCAAAUAGGAUACAAGAGAGAGAUGGAUGUGGCGGCUGAUCAGCCCCGCUGGAUGCACCCCCACGCCGUGCUAAACGGACAGCACCCGGACUCGCACCAUGCCAGCCUGGGCCACAACUACAUGGAGCCCUCGGCACAGCUGCUGCCCCCGGACGAGGUGGACGUCUUCUUUAACCACCUGGACUCUCAGGGAAACCCGUACUACCACAACCCCGCCAGGGCCAGAGUGUCCUACAGCCAGGCUCACGCUCGCCUGACGGGGCCUCAGGUGUGCCGGCCUCAUCUCAUCCACAGCCCGGGCAUCCCGUGGCUGGAGGGCGGCAAGGCGGCUCUGUCCGCCCACCACCACCACCACCACCACAACGCGUGGGCGGUGAGCCCCUUCAGCAAGCCCGGUCUCCACCACCCGGGCUCCGCGUCCCCCGGAGGCCUGUCGGCGGUCUACCCGUGCGGCGGCACCUCAAACGCGGCCUCCGCGCCUUCCCUUACGCCGCCUUCCCACUCGAGCCCGCACCUGUACACCUUCCCCCCGACGCCGCCGAAGGACGUCUCGCCGGACCCGGGGGCCGCCUCGCCGAGAAUGGACGAGAAGGAAUCUAUUAAAUAUCACGUUUCGCUGUCCGAGGGGAUGAAGAUGGAGGGUUCGAGUCCGAUGAGAAGCAGCCUGGCCUCCGUGGGAGCUCACAGCGCGUCCACCCACCACCCCAUACCGACGUACCCCACCUACUCGCUGCCUUCGGCCCACGACUACGGCGGCAGUCUGUUCCACCCGGGCAGCCUGCUCGGGGCUUCCGCCGGCUUCACCCCCAAGAGCAAAGGCAAGACUCGGUCCUGCACGGAGGGCAGAGAGUGUGUGAACUGUGGCGCCACAUCCACGCCUCUGUGGAGACGCGACAGCACGGGACACUACCUGUGCAACGCCUGCGGACUGUACCACAAGAUGAACGGCCAGAACCGACCACUCAUCAAGCCCAAACGCAGACUGUCGGCAGCCAGACGAGCAGGCACCUGUUGCGCUAACUGUCAGACGACCACCACCACGCUCUGGCGACGCAAUGCUAACGGAGACCCAGUGUGCAACGCCUGCGGCCUCUAUUACAAACUGCAUAAUGUGAACCGACCCCUGACCAUGAAAAAAGAGGGAAUACAAACGAGAAACAGGAAAAUGUCCAGCAAGACCAAAAAGAUGAAGCGGGGCAGCGAGAGCUACGAGGAGUACACCAAAAGUCUUCAUGACAAGAACUCUACCUUCAGCUCCUUGGCGGGACACAUGUCCAUGGGACACUUGCCGCCUUUCAGCCAUGCCGGACACAUGCUGCCCACGCCCACCCCGAUACACCCGUCCUUUGGCCACCACUCCAACAUGGUGACAGCCAUGGGCUAGACCACACCACUACGCAAAGACUUGAAUUGUGGAUUUUCUGAUUGAUUAUGCAAACGGUAUGGAGCAACUGUAGGUACCUAACUCUGGCUGGUGGACCCUACACACACACACACACACACACACACACACACACACACACACACACACACACACACACACACACACACACACAC